AGCAUAAAAAGAAAAAAAGUGAAAAAGAAAGAAGUCUUGCUGUAAGCCUUUAACCCGCAGAUUACUUUUUCCCCAAGCACGAAUUGUCUCUCCAAAAACCCAUGUCAGCAUUUCCUUCCAUGAUUGAGAGUGCCAAUCAGAGACUCAUCAUUCAUCAAAACCCUUGUGUUUCCAUCAAUUUCUUCAGUACUUUUACAAAAAUUCUCUGUUAGUUUUGGGAAGAUAUAGGAAGUAAGAAUGAUACUACCAGUGUUCAAGCUAGGGACACUUGCCCUCAGAUCUUUCUGCAAACCCAUCGGCCGUCGCAUUAAGAAAGAGGCUGGCUAUCACCCUAGGUUCCGAACUUUCAUCAUCAACAUCGCCCAGGCAAACCAUAGAUUCUCAACGAAGUUGCAAAGACGUAUAUAUGGUCAUGCAACUGAUGUUGCAAUUCGCCCUCUAAAUGAAGAAAAGGCAGUUCAAGCUGCUGCUGAUCUUCUAGGUGAACUCUUUGUGUUCUCG